CAAUUAAUUAAUCACAAAAAAGAAAAAAAGUCACACAAUUUAUAGCAAAUAUGAUCAACGAUCAUUUUCUAAUGAGUUUAAUACAACAAACAUCAGAUUUCAUUGAUUUAGUGAAAACAAAAUCAAUCGAAGUCGUGGCACAACACGAUGAACGUUUAUUAAUAACAAUUUUAAUGUUAUUAUUUGUGUGUUAUAUAUUAAUAUUUUUUUCAGGUCGUUUAUGGAAGAAGAGAAAAAAUAAAAAAUUGAAAAAAGUAUUAACAAGAUCAAUGUCAAUUGGACUUUUACAUGGAGGUGAAUUGGCUCUAAAAAGGUUAAUUGAUUAUCAUAAAGCUAAGGCUGAUUUUAUAUCAUUGAAUUCAGCUGAGACAGAUCUUGAUGCUUUGCUCAAUGAGGAGCAACCCCAUUUCAAGAAACUACAAAGGUGUAUUGCAAAGAUGGAAAUGAGUGGAAAAGAAAGCCAAGCAGUGAGGAAAUUAGAGAAUGCAAUAAAAAAUGCUGAACCACAUAAAGCUUAUGAGUUUGAAAUGCAACUUGUGGAAACACUUAUUUACCAGGGAGAAUACAAUAACGCCCUACGUUGCAAAUGUUUAGACGAAAAAUUAAUUACCGAUGCAAGGCGUCCACUUUAUAAGGCUAUAAUAUACAUCUCACUUGGGAGCCGUAGAAAUGAAGAAGAAGCCGUAAAUUACUGGAAAGAAUUCAGACAAAUUAAAGAAGAUUUUAAAAGACCAGGCAAAGUAAAAGAUGCACAACUUCUUAAAAUUGGCACAGAAUUCGACAAAUUUAAGAGUGUUGUUAUAUCUCUAAAGGAAGAUAUAAAGGAGGUUAAUAGGAAAGCCAAGAAACAUAAUAAACAAAAUAAAUAAAUUAAUUAAACAAAUAAAUAAAUAAAUGAUGCUUAUUCCUAAUUUAUUAUAUACCUUACUGAAUAAACAUUUGUUUUCUUUUAAUUGCUCUUUUUUUUUAAACCAUUCCGUUUGAUGUACUGCUUAUAAUAAUGUUCAUGAAUUAAUAUUAUGUACUAAAGUACUAAA